CCCCGCGCCCGCCCUUGCUAGCAGGCGCCUCCCGCCCCCCGCAUUGCUGAUGCUGCUGCUGGCCGACAUGGACGUGGUGAAUCAGCUGGUGGCUGGGGGCCAGUUCCGGGUGGUCAAGGAGCCCCUUGGCUUCGUGAAGGUGCUGCAAUGGGUCUUUGCCAUCUUCGCCUUUGCCACAUGCGGCAGUUACAGUGGGGAGCUACAGCUGAGUGUGGACUGUGCCAACAAGAGCAAGAGUGACCUCAACAUCGAGGUCGAAUUCGAGUACCCCUUCAGGCUGCACCAAGUGUACUUUGAUGCACCCACCUGCCAAGGGGACCCUAACAAAAUCUUCUUGGUGGGGGACUACUCCUCAUCAGCUGAAUUCUUUGUCACCGUGGCCGUGUUUGCCUUCCUCUACUCAAUGGGGGCUCUGGCCACCUACAUCUUCCUGCAAAACAAGUACCGAGAGAACAACAAAGGGCCCAUGCUGGACUUUCUGGCCACAGCAGUGUUUGCCUUCAUGUGGCUGGUUAGCUCAUCGGCCUGGGCCAAGGGGCUGUCAGACGUGAAGAUGGCCACUGACCCAGAGAACAUUAUCAAGGGGAUGACUGUCUGCCACCAGGCGGGGAAUACAUGCAAGGAGCUGAGGGACCCUGUGACCUCUGGCCUCAACACCUCAGUGGUGUUUGGCUUCCUGAACCUGGUGCUCUGGGUCGGCAACCUGUGGUUCGUGUUCAAGGAGACAGGCUGGGCCGCCCCAUUCCUGCGCGCUCCUCCCGGCGCCCCUGAAAAGCAACCGGCGCCCGGGGACGCCUACGGCGAGGCAGGCUACGGGCAGGGCCCCGGCGGGUACGGGCCCCAGGACUCCUACGGGCCCCAGGGCGGCUAUCAGCCUGACUACGGGCAGCCCGCCGGUGGCGGCGGCGGCUACGGGCCUCAGGGCGACUACGGGCAGCAAGGCUACGGCCCUCAGGGUGCGCCCACCUCCUUCUCCAAUCAGAUGUAGCCUGGUCAGUGCAGCCCGGGAGGACCCCAUGGUAGGCAAGAGCUCAGGAGAAGGCCUGCCCCCCCAACAUCCCACUCCUACACCCUGGUCUCCACCCCUCAAGCCAGGAGACCCUUAACUGUCUUUGCUGUUUAUAUAUAUAUAUAUUAUAUAUAAAUAUCUAUUUAUCUGUCUGAGCCCUGCCCCUACUCGACUCCCCUCAUGCAUUAGGGCCCAAUCUUGAAUGGACCCCUCUCUUACCCCUUCCCCUGCAUCCCUCGGCACCUCUCUGUUCCCUGGCCCUGUGCCCUGAGGUUGGGGGACUCUGAAAGGGGGUCAGGGAGGAGACAGAAGGCUGUGUGGGGAGGGUGGGUGUGACUUCAGACUCUCUCCCCUCUCUCUCUCUCCCUCUCAACUCUGGCCUCAAUUCCUCUAGCAAUGCCUGAACAGGGGCCAGUAGGAAAAAUUCAACCCUGAGCAGGGGAGAAAGGCAGAGACCAGAGGAGCUUUGGACCCAAGGUGUUCUUGGAGAGAGGCUCUGGAGUAGAGGAGACUAGUAAGCAGGGAGGUUGGAUUCCAGACAUACUGGAUCUGGAGUCUCAAGAAGAGGAGUCGCCUUAGAGCAUUCUGGAGUGGGGCUUGGAAGGAGGCUGAGGGUAUGGUUCUAGGAGGGGUGAAGCUUUGAGUGAGGCAGCAGGUGGGCCAGGAGUGGGCAGGGGUUGGAGUAGAACAGGGUUCUAUGGAAGGGAUGUGACUUGAGACCUGGGGACUGGGUUUGGAAGAGUGCUGAGGGCUUGGUUCUAGGAGUGGGAUGGGGCUUGAACCAGGCAGGAGGUGAGGCUCCAGGGGGGGUAGGUCUUGGAUUGGGACCAGAAUCGAUGACAGGGGUGUGGCUUGGAACAUUCAGGAGGCUGACUUUGAUUCUACAGGGGGCAGAUCUUGGGCAAGGCAAGAAGUGGGAUUCAGGAAUGGAUCAGACUUGAGAUGAGGUCGUGGUCUGGGUUCUAGAGGGUUCGCCCCAGGGCUUAGAGUGGGGCGUGCAUGGUGUUUUCAAAAGGGGCAGUCCCGCCCCGCAGUGGAGCAGUGAAGAAAGUAUGUUUUAGAGUAGGCAGGUUUG